UCUUUCGUGUUAUCUUUUUUACUUUUUAUUUUAAGCAGUGUCCGAGUCAGAUUCCAAAUUCAGAGUUUUGAGACUGCGAUCGACGCCCCAUUGAAUUCUUGGUGGACUUCAUUCUUCUUCUUCUUCUUCUUAUUCCUCUUUUUCUUUUUUCCCCCUUCACUCUCACAUACACACCUUUCAAUUCUUGCUUCUAACUGAUAAAACCCUAAUCUUCCUCCUCUUCCUUUUGGGGACAGAAGAUUUUAGGGUUCCUACUCUUGAGUCGUGGGCUGAUGCUCUUAUUUUGAGGAUAUGGAAAGUGGAAGGAGGAUUACGGUGAGCCCUCGCCCUCGCUGCUGGCGGAGAGUGCUUGCGAGGAGGAGGCCGCGUCGACUUGGGGCAGUUGAUGGGUUCGUGAACAGCGUCAAGAAGCUUCAGAGGCGUGAAAUCAGCUCCAAGCGUGAUCGCGCUUUCAGCAUGACAGAUGCUCAGGAGAGAUUCCGGAAUAUUCGUUUACAGGAAGAAUAUGAUACACAUGAUCCAAAAGGUCCUUCAUCUAUGGUAUUGCCGUUUCUGAGAAAAAGAUCGAAGAUCAUAGAGAUUGUAGCAGCACAGGACAUUGUUUUUGCUCUUGCACAAUCUGGUGUUUGUGCAGCAUUUAGCCGAGAGACCAAUGAAAGGAUAUGCUUUUUGAAUGUCAGUCCUGAUGAAGUUAUAAGAAGUCUGUUUUAUAACAAAAAUAAUGACUCGCUUAUCACAGUUUCUGUCUAUGCUUCAGACAGUUACAGUUCUUUGAGAUGCAGAAGCACAAGAAUUGAAUACAUAAGGAGGGGUAAACCAGAUGCUGGCUUUCCUCUUUUUGAAUCCGAGUCUCUAAAGUGGCCAGGUUUCGUUGAGUUUGAUGAUGUAAAUGGGAAGGUACUCACGUACUCUGCACAGGAUAGCAUAUACAAGGUAUUUGACCUGAAAAACUAUACGAUGUUGUACUCCAUUUCUGAUAAAAAUGUCCAAGAGAUUAAGAUCAGUCCCGGGAUCAUGUUGUUGAUUUUUGCUAAAGCAAGUAGCCAUGUCCCGCUUAAAAUCCUUUCAAUCGAAGAUGGUACUGUUUUGAAAUCAUUCAACCAUCUCCUUUAUCGGAAUAAGAAGGUGGAUUUUAUUGAACAGUUCAAUGAAAAGCUACUUGUCAAGCAAGAAAAUGAGAACCUCCAAAUUCUUGACGUGCGGACUUUUGAGCUAACUGAAGUUAGCAGAAGUGAAUUUAUGACACCAUCUGCAUUUAUCUUUCUAUAUGAGAACCAAUUAUUCCUGACAUUUCGAAAUCGGACUGUGGCUGUGUGGAACUUCCGUGGAGAGCUUGUAACUUCUUUUGAGGAUCACCUCUUGUGGCAUCCUGACUGCAAUACAAACAAUAUAUAUAUAACCAGUGACCAGGAUCUUAUCAUAUCCUACUGCAAAGCUGAUUCUGAUGAUUCAUUGUCUGAAGGAAAUGCAGGCUCCAUUAAUGUCAGCAACAUUUUAACUGGCAAGUGUCUUGCCAAAAUAAGAGCAAGCAAUAGCUUUCUGGAGGACAAAUGCUGUUGCAGUGACAAUACUUCAGGGAGCAGUUGUAAUUCAAGGAAGCGAAAGCAUGUAUCCAAAAUGAGGAGCACAGUUGCAGAAGCCUUGGAAGAUAUUACUGCUCUCUUCUAUGAUGAAGAGCGCAAUGAGAUCUAUACGGGCAAUAGGCACGGUCUAGUUCAUGUGUGGUCUAAUUGAUGUAUUGUUGAGUUUACUGUUGCCCUGUGUUUUCUAAUUGGCUGUUCUUGUGUACGUUGAUUGACCUGAUCUGCUAUGAGAACUUUCGGCAGCUGUAACCAUUAAGUGUUCUUGUAUCAUUCAUUUUUUUUUUCUUGUCAUGUAAGCCUUAGGCGAGUUUGUUCUGUAGUUAGACAAAUCUGUACGAAGUGAUAUUCUAUGCUGGUAACUCACCACAUGUUGCUUUUGCUGUAAUCUAUAUAUAUAUUGACAUUUAAUGUAGCGUUUUCGAUGGAGUGAAAUAUGUGAAAAAUGC